AUGGCGACGAUGGCGGCAAAAGCCGUGAAACUCCCCGUGGAGGUCAACAAGCCCACGCCAUACACCUUCGACCUCGGCCUCCUGCUCGCCUCAGACCCAAACCCGGUCCUCCUCACGAGCCCGGAGAACCUCGAAGACGACCUGGCCGCCACGGCGCGAGACGGCGCCCAGGCACUGCUGAACCAGCUGCUCUCGACCUGUCCGAUCGCCAGCACGCCCAACGGCGUCCUGCUGUCGCUCCCGGAAAUCGAGACGAGGCUGCCGCGUGAGAAGCCCCUCCCGCCCCCCAAAGCUCAAACCACCUGGGAGAAGUUCGCCGCCAAGAAGGGCAUCAAGGCCAAGUCGGCCGAGCAGCGCAAGAAGAUGGUCUACGACGACGCGACAGGCGAGUGGGUGCCGAAAUGGGGCUACAAGGGCGCCAACAAGGCUGGCGAGAACGACUGGAUUGUCGAGGUCGAUAUGAAGAAGGAGGCGGAAAGGAAGGAGGGCACCGAAAGGCAGGGUGAUGGGCGGAGGGAGAGGAAGGAGAAGGUCAGACGGAAUGAGAGGCUGCAGAGGGCUAACGAUCGGAAGGGGAGAAAGAAUGGUGCGAAGUAG